CACAUGACGUCAAGCGCUUUUCUGCUCAGAGUUGAGUUUUUUUCAACUUCUGGCGCUCAGAGCGCUCCGCCUACAACGCGAGGCGCAGCAAGCGGCAGAAACGCGAGGCGCCCGGCGCGCAUAAGCAGCGCGCAAAACGCUCCCUGCCAACUGAAAACAAUUCAAAAGAGGCGCAUCUCACAGCAAAAGGCGCGUUCUGUCUGAUCAGGCCCUUAGGGUACGAUCAGACAGAACGCGCUUUUCAUGUUCGAAAACGCGAGGCGCGCCGCGCUGCUCUUUGGUAACUCUUUGAAAAGAGCAGCGUGCAGCGUUUUUUUGUAUGUUGCUAGGUAACCAGAAACAGCCACAAGUUUCUCCUCCAUGUCUCCAGGCGUUCCAAGCAUUGCGACAAGGGAAGCCCCGCCUCUCCACUCAUCCGAUUGGACAAUGGAAAAAAGCGCACAUGACGUCAAGCGCUUUUCUGCUCAGAGUUGAGUUUUUUUCAACUUCUGGCGCUCAGAGCGCUCCGCCUUAAAACGCGAGGCGCCCGGCGCGCAUAAACAGCGCGCAAAACGCUCCCUGCCAACUGAGAACAAUUCAAAAGAGGCGCGUCUCACAGCAAAAGACGCGUUCUGUCUGAUCAGACCCUAACCCCUAGUUCACACUGCACGCGUGAGCAGAGCGAGAGCAGCGCCGUCAGUGUAACUACAUCAUCACUGCACCUGCAGAUUCGCGAGGGUAUUCACACAGGAAGCGUUUGUAUAGCGUGACCGCAGCUGCAUCGAAUGUGCAAGGUAAGCAAGCCAACCACAUAGCAUACAUUCGUUAAAUAAGUUUAAACAUUUGUAAACGUGAUACUCUUAAAAUUCUGUUAUCAAGGGUACAAGACCCACGUAUAUUGGUAAACAAUAUGGUCAAACAAAACAGAUCGCCAUUAUAUAAUUUUCUUACCAUCUGCACAAAUAGCAGAAGCUAUUUAAACCCAGGCUUUUUCCUUUGAAUAUAUGUCUUUGUAAUUACUACAAGGAUCAUAAAGCAUUUUGUGCUUCUCAAUCUCAACGAUCAGCCUUGUGUCGUCCAUUGUGGUACAAGAAUGAGGCAUGACACGAUCACCUUUUAUCACAUCGAAAAGCUGGCCACAAACUCAGGUUUAAUUGGGUACUGCUAGAGCCGCUUUCUGGCUAGUUAACUGACGUGAUUUUAUAAACCAUGCUUCCACCCAAACGGAAUAAUUAAAAACAAAUGAAGGGGUACAUCAAAUAUAAUUGUUUUUUUUUAACAUACUCCUAGUCUUGCAAAAAAAACACAACAGGCUUGCUUAUUCUGUGCAUUCUGAGCAUUUUUAUUGUGCAACAAUUUAUAUUUGUACAUCUAAAGUGUGCUGUCACUUUAACUGAGCUUGAGCUGCGCAGCAAAAAUAGACUCGGAGCCGAAACCAUCGCAUCAGUGCUGCUCACGAGACGCUCCUGCUUGACGCUGACGCGCUGCUCCUGCUCCCGGUAUGAAAGCACUCAUUUGAUAACAUGCACGCCGAAAAAAAUACGCGCUGCUCUCGCUCUGCUCACGCUUGCAGUGUGAACUAGGGGUGAACUAGGGGUUAGGCAGCACGCCGGCUGAGGUGCGCCUGUUCGGGAUCGGACCGGACCACAAUUUAGACAGUGCGCCCACAAUACUGGUGUCCCUGGUCACUGCUGCUGCUAAACUAACUACUCUUCUCAUGAUGUCUGUCUGUUCCCGUUUAAUCACAGACGUUGUGCUUGUAAGCAGGGCAUCUUGAACUUGACGCUUCACAGCCGGCCACCCAGUUUAUCAAACCACCGUGCCCUCACUCGUGCUGAGGUGUUUUAUUUAUUUCUAUUUUUAUUUGCAAUAAACACAUCACUCAAGCAUGACAUGACGCUUAUGUGUCUGUUUCUGAUCAUUUCCCCGCACAUUUUAUUAUAAAUGUGUUUUUUUAUUUAUUUAAACCUCCUCAGUAGCUGGUUUAAAAUUAAUCUCUAACAGAGAGAUAAAUCAGAGUUUAAAAUAAUGGAGCAACAGAAUUAAAAUUAAUCUAGAUUUACUGCAAAGUUAAAACCUAAAGGUUUAAAUAUAAACCUGAUUAUUUUUAAACAAGGUUUACAGUUUGGUGCAACGGAAUUAUUAAAUAAACCUUGAUUUAAUCCUUAUCCUUGUUGGUGCAACCCACCCACAGUGCACGUUUAACCACAAACAAAGGAUGAAUUUUGUAAUUGCAUAAUGACUUCUUAAAGCUCAAUGCUUAUUUGCUGUUAUAUUAUAGCUAUUAUUAUUAUUUGUGGUUAAAAAUAAUUAAGUUUUACUCUAUUUCAUUUUAAUUAUAUGUGGAUAACAUUUGAUUGAAUUUGAGUGAUUAAAAUGUUUAGAUAUGCAGAUAACAAUAAAAGUGUAUUUAGGCAUUUGUUAACCAAAUCUUUUAAAUAAAUCAAAAUCUUGUCCAAACUCCAGGCAUGACAAAAAAAAAUACUCCAUCUGCACUGCCUAUUUUUCUGUAAGUAAAAAGCUUGUUCAGCAUUAUUAGCUUUUUUAUGUUUGCAAGUAUAGCCAGGUUAAAAUGUCUAUGUCUGACAUAAUGUUGUUAAUAAUUAUAAGGGAUAAGACAGUUUGUAUCAAUCCCAUCAUCUGCAUUUGAUGGCAAAAUACAGGGUUAACACACUGUAAAAACCAGAAGGUGAGUUUUCCCUACAAGCCCUCCUUGUGAACCAUGAGAGAAGAAGAUGAGGUAACUUUCCGCUUGUUUUUAAGAUAUUGGAGACCUACAUGGGCCCCCAUAUCCACUGUCUCAUUCUCCGGCCUGCUUUAUUGACGGAUGUCCUGAGCAGGCGUUUCAUCCCUGUCUUUGGCUGUGUAUGUGUGUGUGCAUAAUUGUGUGUGUCUCACAGGAAGCCUUAGGAGGGGGCAGGCUGUGGAGCGGAGGGGGCGUUCCAUGGUUCCUGCACAUCUGCGAGCUGCAUUUCUCUAGGUGUUGCUCUGUUGUUUUCGAACGGGUGAGAGGGGUAUCACCCAUAUCACUUUUUUAAAAACUCCCCUAUUUCCUUCCUCUCAUUGCCCAUAACAAGCUUCCAGAAGUACACACACUCCUGUGACAGGAAGCCAGACAGAGGUUUCCGGCAACCCCUGACAGAGGCAGCCAGGCGGGUGAGGCCUAAUUUGGUCGUACCUGCUGACCCGGCUGCAUUUGACCAGUUGCUUAUCUUAAGUCUGAACUAAGGCCGUGUCCUUUGCCUUUUCUCUGCAAUCUGUUUCCGUGCAAUCUGGUUCAAUAUGUCUAUUUUACAAUGAUUGGAACUAACUCUCUAGAUUCAUAUGAGUUGCCAUACUUUGAUUACUUACAGUAUGUGUGGUCAAUGAAGUGUAGUAGACUGAGGUACAGUGGCUUGCAAAAGUAUUCAUCCCCCUUCAUUUUAUUCACAUUUUGUUAUGCUGCUGCCUUAUCUUAAACUACUUUAAAUGAUUAUUUUUUUACAUUAAUCUACACUCCAUGCACAAUAAUGACAAAACAAAAAACUGAUUUUUGACAGCUUUGCAAAUUUAUUAAAAAUAAAAAACAAAAAUAAGUACAUUGCAUAAGUAUUCAUACCCUUUUCUGGGACACUUGAAAUUUAGCUCAGAAGCAUUAGUUUUGCUUGUUGAUGUUUAUACACUUCAAGUGGAGUUAAUCUGUGCCAAAUUCAAUUGAAUAAGUAUGAUUUGGAGUUCACAUACCUCUCUAUAAAGGGUGCAACAGCUGAAAAUGCAUAUCAAAGUAAAAACCAAGACAUGAGGUCAAAAGAACUGCCAGUAGAGCUUUGAGACAGGAUUGAAUCAAGGCACAGAUCUGGGGAAGACUUCUGAAAAAAAAUCUGCUGUAUUGAAGGUUCACAGAAGCAUGUAGCCUCCAUUUAUCCUCAAUGAAAGAGGUUUGGAACCACCAGAUCUCUUACUUGAGCUGACCUCCUGUCCAAACUGAGCCAUCGAUGGAGAAGGGUCUUGGUUAGAGCGGUGACCAAGAAGCUGAUGAUUACUCUGGUUGAGCUCCAUGAUCACAUAUGGAGAUGGGAGAAACUUACAGAAGGACAAACAUCACUGCAACACUCCACCAAUCUGGGCUUUAUGGCUUAGUGGCCAGACUCAAGCCUUUGCUCAGUGAAGACACAUGGAAACUUGAAAUAUGCAAAAACAUACUUCAACGAAGUCAGAAACAAGAUAUUCUGGUCUGAUGAAUCUCAGAUUCAUGCAUCAUGUCUGGAGAAAAACGAGCACUGCUCAACACCUGUACAAUGCCGUCUUAACAGUAAAGUGUAUUAAAGUGUAUUAAUUCAAAUCUUUAACCAACAGGUUACUUUAUUCUAUAGUUAAGCUGUUCUAAUGUUGUUUACUUAGUCAAGGUUUGGUUUUAAUAUACAAAAGCAUUUUGGGUCAUUAUAGUGUUCAAAUCUUAUAUAUAUUUAGUCACAGGUUAUACUCAUUAAAAGAUAAGAUUGUCAAAAGAUUUGUAUGGCAGCUCAGAAUAAGCAUUUCAGAUUAAAGUUUAUGUAUUUGCACAAACUUCCUCUCAGACAAUUUCCACGGUCCUGGACAUACGCUGGGUCAAGCAAGUUUGCUUUGGUUAGUUGAACUCCUGAACAGUGUUGAUAGGACUUCUGACUCUCUGACAAUGCACAUAAGCCCACGCAAUCCAACACGCAGCUACACAUCAAGUAUACACUCUAACACGCAAUCAUACAUUCCCUGAAUUCCUCUCAUCCACACAAAGAUACAAGAGGACACAAAAACACGCAUCAAGCACGCUACCUAAUUUCCUGUCAUCAAUGAAGAAAGACUGAACACAAAGGGCUUUAAUACACGACUAUAAAUACAGAAAGACAGGGGCCUGGAGCCCUUUCCCGCUGAGUUUCCACCGCGUGGGCAGUGUAUAAAAGGGGGGUUUUAGUAGGUUUUUUUACACUGAUCAGAGACUAUUCUUUCUCAACCAUUCUUCCGACUUCAAUCAUUACAAGAAACAUCAGAAAACUGACCCUAGAUCAGUGUAAAAAGACAGCUUCUACUAACACAGGAAAUAAACACCGGGCUGAAUGGGACUUCCUGCACAGCGUUAUAAAGGAUACGCUGUCUUAGGUCAGACUGGUCAGUUUUUCAGAGACGCGGGUGAGUGAGAAAGGCUGGACCUUGUAAGAUCAGAAGAACGGGCGAGCUGUAAGGACAGAGUGGCGCGUGUUCUCGUCCCUGCUGGUCGGGGUACGAGUAGGGAGCUGGUCUCCCCAAACAGAUGCUUCUGAGUCUUAUUUUGUCACUUUAACCACUACAGACAGUGAAAUAAAUGCAGAUGGAGGAAGAACAUCAAAAGCUCUCAGGGCAUGCUGCAGACACCCAUGUGAUGAAGAUGGAGGGCUAUAUUAAAGAGUUCACACGCCACUCCAAUGAUGUAUUGUUGAACUUAAAUGAACUGCGACAUCGGGAUAUUCUGACAGAUGCCACACUGUUAGUGGGCACCACCAAACUGCGCGCCCACUGCGCCGUGCUCAUCGCAUGCAGUGGAUUCUUCUACACAAUCUUCUCUCGUCGAGUAAAUGGUGCUUGUGGUGAGCGUGGUCUCUCUCUUACCCUUCUGGAGGGGCUGGACGCGGGCAGCGUGUCCCUGCUGCUGGACUUCAUGUACACCUCCCGCCUCCCUCUCACACCUGGUACUGUCUCUGGAGUGCUCGCCGCUGCCACCUACCUGCAGAUGGAGCAUGUUGCAGACACCUGUCGAACAUUUAUUCAGCACAGUCUGAGAGUUUCUGUGAGUCCCUCUUUAAUGGAACCAACCUCUAGAGCGCCCUUCGGUGGCAGGUCACCACCUGCUCAUCCCACCAUCUUCUCCUCCCCCUCCAGGCCUACAGCAGACGCAGAAGAUCCCAUACCAGACCGAGCCAGGGUGCCCGAAGAAAGAACCUCAUUGGAUUCAGGAACUUUGGGCCCCAUGUAUCAGACUCUGAAAUCAGAGGAACUUGAGUCUUCACCUUCAACUCCCCCCAACCUGUUCCCAGACAGUCCAUCUCCUUCCACUGGUCAUCCCAACUCACCGGCUGAAUCCAGCAGCUGCAAUCUGUCUCCCCAACUUAAGAAGCGAACUGAUUCUAAGUCCACUCCUGAUCCAAAAGCCUGUAACUGGAAGAAGUAUAAGUAUAUUGUCCUCAACCCUCUGUGUGCCACACCUAUAAAGGAGGAAGGGCCUGAACAGGAUCAUCAAGGACAAAGCCAAUCAUCUUUUGGGGGUGAUAAGAUGAAAAUCUCAUCUAAGACGGCCAAUGAUGUGUGGACAGGGGAGGAACCUGGGCUGAAUAAUAGGAAAUGCCCAUCUUAUCCAUAUACCGCAUCACAGCCAAAAGUAUCUUUUACUCCCCAUUAUGCUGUUGAAGGCAAUUUUCAACCCCUGACUCUUUCAGUCACGGAGGACAAAGGUCUCUGUAGUCCUUUUAUCUGCACCCCAGUAUUGGAAAUAGCCAAUCAUGGUAUCAAUCAAAGUCAUUUGUUGGACCAACAUCCAAUCAAAUUCGAGAACUUUUCUACACCGCUCUCUUACUCUGGAAAUCAAGGCAGCACAAAACAGUCAUGUAAAGACAAGCCGUACUGCUGUAAUGUGUGUGGGGCACAAUUUAACCGGCCGGCUAAUCUAAAGACUCACUCCCGCAUCCACUCUGGCGAGAAGCCAUACCGUUGUGACACAUGUGGAGCCAGAUUUGUCCAGGUUGCUCACCUGCGUGCCCACGUCCUGAUCCAUACUGGGGAAAAGCCAUAUCCAUGUAACACCUGUGGAACACGUUUCCGCCACCUUCAGACGCUGAAGAGCCACCAGCGUAUUCACACUGGAGAGAAACCUUACAGCUGUGAGAAAUGUCUCCUGUACUUCCGUCAUAAGAGCCAGUUGAGGCUUCACCUGAGACAGAAACAUGGCGCGAUUACCAACACCAAGGUCCGUUACAAGGUUCUGGCCGACCCAUACCAACAUGGAUCCACCUUACUACAAUCAUGCUAAGGGGAUCAAAAUUAUAUUUACAAUUAAAUUUGCUAAUAGGCCAAAAAAGAAACCAAACGGAUGAGGAUUGAUGGACCUAUCAUACAGUAUUUAAAUAAUUUUAAGAGGUGGAGUACUGCAUUCAAGGAGAGCAUUAUAAUAAAUAUACUAAUGAACAUACAGGUCCCACGAGAAUGUAGUACUCCUGCACUAGAUGUGCUGACUGUUAAAAUAUUAUUUAUUUAGCUUAGCUGAAAUUCUAACACUGAAAAGGAUUCUUCAAAUAUUAAGUAUCAGGUUGAAGAUACCUGUUAGUUGUAGUAAUUGUGCUGUUAUAAUGUUAUAGAUGGUUUGUGGGAGAGUGUGAAGAAGUAGGAGUUCAGACAGGAGAUAUGAGAGCUUAAUCAAGGGUGAAAUGAUUGGAUAUGAAAUUCAACAUAUGAAUGAUUAUGAAAGAAAGAUGAAUAAGGCAAGUGUACAGAAGGAAUUAAGCAUGUUCAGAAGAGAUAAAGAAUAUUUUAAUGCAGUAAAUAUCUAUUUAUUAUAAAAUGUUUAUAUUUUAUUUGUCCAGAAAAUGUCAUUGUUUUGUUAAUUAAUCUGUUAUGGCAUUUUCACUAUUGAAUAUAACAAAACAAUGAGAGUGGGGCAAUGGCAAGUUAAUUAUAACCUCUAAGUUGCUUAUUUACUACCAGUUAUUCAGUGUCUUAAUGUAGUCAUUUGAAUGGCCUGGAGCGUGUUUGCUUUUAAGUAACAAGAAGAUAAUAAUGUUGUUGUUUAAGAUGCCACGUUGUAAUGUUUGUUGUGUAUAAUAGUUAAUAGUCCAAGCAGGUUGAGGACUCACUAACCAAACAAAGAUACAUGUAAAGAGUGAAGAUGAGGAUAAUAAUAUGGACAAUAUUUUGUUACACUCUUUUGCUGGACAAAGACCAAUUUUAUACAAAUUAAAGUUAAAUUAA